CGGUCCCGGGCAGCCGCUCAGCCCCCUGCCCCCCGCCGCCUGCUGGGCCGGCCGAGGAUGCAGCGCAGCGCCUCGGUGGCCAGGCUCGCUCCGCUCCAGCGUGCUUGCUAACUUCCCCGGCUCCGUUCCUGCCUGCUGGGGCCGCCCUGUGUCCUCUGAACCCUCCGGGUCUGGUUCUCUAAGCUCUCUGGGCGCUGCCUCCGGGUCCCUUGCAGCCCGCUCGCGAGCCUACGCUCCCCUCCUGCGCCCCACCCUCGUCUUCACCAUGCUGCCCUUCGGCCUCGUGGCCGCCCUGCUGCUGGCCGCAGGGCCUCGGCCGAGCCUGGGCGACGAAGCCAUCCUCUGCCCCCCUUGCUCCGAGGAGAAGCUGGCGCGCUGCCGCCCCCCCGUGGGUUGCGAGGAGCUGGUGCGGGAGCCUGGCUGCGGUUGUUGCGCCACUUGCGCCCUGGGCUUGGGGAUGCCCUGCGGGGUGUACACCCAACGCUGUGGCUCAGGCAUGCGCUGCUACCCGCCUCGGGGGGUGGAGAAGCCCCUGCGCACACUGAUGCACGGGCAAGGCGUGUGCACAUUGCUGUCGGAGAUCGAAGCCAUCCAGGAAAGCCUGCAGACCUCUGACAAGGAUGAGAGCGAACAUCCCAACAACAGCUUCAACCCCUGCAGCGCCCACGAUCACAGGUGCCUGCAGAAGCACAUGGCCAAGAUGAGAGAUCGGAGCAAGAUGAAGGUCGUGGGGACACCUCGGGAGGAGCCCCGCCCUGUGCCCCAGGGUUCCUGCCAGAGUGAGCUACACCGGGCCCUGGAGCGCCUGGCCGCCUCACAGAGCCGUACCCACGAAGACCUCUUCAUCAUCCCCAUCCCAAACUGUGACCGAAACGGCAACUUCCACCCCAAACAGUGUCACCCCGCCCUGGAUGGACAGCGCGGCAAGUGCUGGUGUGUGGAUCGGAAGACAGGGGUGAAGCUACCAGGGGGUUUGGAACCCAAGGGGGAGCUGGACUGCCACCAGCUGGCUGACAGCUUCCAAGAGUGACACCUGCCAGCAGGUGGGGGACUCAGUGCCCCUACUAUGCCCCUGUGCUCUGGGGGCUGUAGAGUUGACCUGGCAUAGAGUCUUGGUUUGAGUCCUGGCUCUCUGCCUCUGGCCCUGCCCAAACUUUCCCUUGAUGUGUAUGUGUGUGUGUGUGUCUGUGUUUGUGUGUGUGUUUCUGGGAUGUAUCCCAUGGGGUAAGCCUGAGUCUUGGGAGUACCCACAAUGGGCUUAGAUGGCCCAAGAGGUCUGAGUGUAGCAACAGGAAGCCCCAGUGUGCUUUGAAAUCAAUCUUGAAUUCACUCAUUCAUUCAUUCAUUCAUUCAGCUAUCUGGAAACAUGUAUUGACAACAAACUAUGUGCCGGCUUUAGUUUUCAGCCCCGGGAAGCCUCAUCCUGAUUUCUUGUGAUUGUGGCAUGCGAGGUGUUCCCAACUAGAGGCCUGUGGGAGAAAAGAAACCUCAUUCUUGGAGUCAGAGAGAAAGGGAGUUGUGAACAUUGAACACCCACUCAAUCUGGCCAGAGCGUGGGAAGGUGUGGAGUAGGACCCGAGGCUCCAGGAGACCCACCUCUGCUCUGUGCUGUGUGGGCCUCUUUCCCGGGGCCUCUGGGGCACUAGUUUGAGUGACAGGGCUCAUCUUUGGCUCUGGGUAUUCAGUCAUCUGAUAAUGCUUGCAGAUGGCUCUCCGCUGUGGGAGAGGAGUGGGGUGACGAAGGCCUGACGGACAGGGGGCAAGGAGGAGGGCUCAUCACUUUGAGCAGACAGGAGAGAGGAAAGAGUGUAAGAUUGGAUUGUGUGUGUCUGAGGGCGAAGAAGACUCAGUGCUGGGGAUGGCCCUAAUCUGGUCCCUACUUGUGGUUACUGGUCAUGAAGACACCAGGAUAUCCUAUCCUUCCAGUUGCCUACCACCUGUGGCUCUGCCUCUGUCCCCACAUUUCCUUUCCCUUACACCUCCUGUCCCACCCUCUCUACCCCCCCCCCCCCUGGGCAUUUUCUGGCUUGCCUGGAUAGAUUUAGAGACCUGCUUGUUGGCUAUAAUGUCUUUUCAUUCUUUCUUCUUUUUUUUUUAAAAAACAAAAACAAAAACAAAACAGAACAAACCCAAGUGUCCAAA